GUCAGCUUCCCUGUCCAGCAGGUGCUCUGCUGACAGCACCCUUCCUGCUACACCUUGGCUCCUCACACAGACCUAAGGAAUAAACAACAGUAACCAAGAAAAAACUGUCCAGAAUGCCACAAAAUGUUAUUCUCCAAGGACCAGCACCCUGGGGAUUCAGGCUCUCAGGAGGAAUAGAUUUUAACCAACCCUUAAUCAUAACCAGGAUUACACCCGGAAGCAAAGCUUCAGCUGCAAACCUGUGCCCUGGUGAUGUUAUUGUAGCUAUUGAUGGUCGAAGCACAGAGAACAUGACACAUAAUGAUGCCCAGGAGAGAAUUAAAGCAGCUGCACAUCAGCUUUGUUUGAAAAUAGAGAGGGCAGGAACUAAAUUAUGGUCCCCACAGGUUUCAGAAGAUGGCAAGGCACAUCCCUUCAAGAUAAAUUUGGAAGCUGAACCACAGGAUAUGAACUACUUUGAACACAAGCAUAAUAUUCGGCCCAAACCUUUCAUAGUCUCAGGCCGAAGCAGUGGAUGCAGCACUCCUUCGGGGAUUGACUGUGGCAGUGGACGCAGUACCCCCUCUUCAAUUAGCACGGUUAGCUCUAUCUGCCCUACCGAGCUGAAAGCAGCGUCUAGGAUGGCCCCUAACAUUCCCUUGGAAAUGGAGCUUCCUGGUGUCAAGAUUGUACACGCUCAGUUUAACACACCUUUGCAGUUGUACUCAGAUGAAAAUAUCAUGGAAACACUGCAAGGCCAAGUUUCUACAGCUCUGGGGGAAACACCCAUAAUAAGUGACCCAUCUCCCAACUCAGUGCCGCAGUCUGACGUGUACAAGAUGCUGCAUGGCAACAAGGAGGAGCCCAAUCAACCUCGCCAGUCUGGCUCCUUUAAGGUGCUCCAGAAUUUAGUCUCCGAGGAAGGUGAGGGACGCCCCAUGGGUACAAGAAGUGUGAAAGCACCUGUAACAAAGAUACCUACUGCCAUGCCUGGUGCCCAGAAAGUGCCACUGUGUGACAAGUGUGGGAAUGGGAUUCUAGGAACAGUGGUGAAGGCACGAGAUAAAUACCGACACCCAGAAUGUUUUGUGUGCUCUGACUGCAAUCUCAACCUGAAACAAAAAGGCUACUUCUUUGUGGAGGGCCAGCUAUACUGUGAAGCUCAUGCACGAGCUCGCAUGAGGCCACCAGAGGGAUAUGAAGCAGUUACUGUUUACCCAAAAUGCUAGUCUUACCUUAACACACAAAUAUAUGCAUGCACACAAAAAGCCAUUAACAGCUUAGAACUGCAGUACAAGUGUCAGGACUUCUGCCCGAGUUCAAAGUAGCAGCUUUCAAACCUUUUCUUGUGGGAUUCUGAGGGAGGUGGAAGUCCCUAUUAACCAGCACUAGCAUAUUAUACCAGUAAAAUUCUGCUAAAAUAUUAUCUUUGAAAUUGCCAAUGUAACUCAAUGAAAUAUAAACUAAAACAGCUGUACUGGAA